CUUAUGACAACACUUAACAGCCGCCAAAAGAGGACUGCCGGUGUGUUUACUUGUCCAUUAGUUUGCAAAAAUAGUAUAAAAUUAGCAAUUUAUUGGAUUUAAUAAGUAAGAAGAGAGCUUUCAUCAACAUGGAUUUUAAUUCACUGCUUCAACAAGCCCAACGGCUUACAAAUGAAACACAAACUUCCGAAGAGCUGCCUCGUGUGGAACGCACAAUAUCUCAAGUGUUGGAGGCCACCAAAGAAUUGCACUCACGAGUCACACAAACUGGAGCCCAAGAUAUACAAGCGCACAUUUUACUCGGUUCGAAAGGAAUAGAUUUGCCAAAAAUAUCGCAGAAACUAGAGUCAUUAAAUGCUCGCAAAACAUUUGAGCCAUUGGAUCCGAUAGCCGAUACAGACAUUCAAAGCUUCCUGAAGAAUGAAAAAGAAAAUGCUAUAUUGUCGGUUAUUGAAGAAGUUCACAAAAAUUCAUUCCUGAAUGCCCAAAAACGAAAAUGGGAACACAUUAAAUCUGAUUGGCGACAAGAGAAAAUGAAACUUAUGAACGCUUUGGUAGGUCCGUCUCAAAACUGGAUCGACAUUCAGAAAUUGCCGGAGCAAACUAUAAUCAAUGAAACAUUUGGUACUCGAUCGUGUCUGAACAGAAUUGAAAUGGCAUAUGCUCGCGAAGUGUAUGAUUACAAUGCCAUUGUUAUUAAAGGUGCUUUUCGUCCCAGCCUUGUACAAAGAUUCGCCAAGGUGGCGCAGUCAUUUGAUGAUCCGAAAGUUAAUGAGAUUUGGGAAAUAAUGAAAUAUAUGGUUGAUGUUACGCCAGUUUCUCGCAAUCGUGAUCCCAUGCAAAGUCGCCAACAUAUUACACAAUUUGUGGAUCAGGCCAAAAAGUAUUUGGAAAAUCGCUAUAAACUCUAUAUGUCCACCAUCAUUAGUGGCAAUCUUAGAGAGGCACAACGUGGAGGAGUUCCCAGUAUCUUUAAUUUGGUCUCAUCAUUUGUGGGCUUAACCUUUAAUCAGGGAAAUUGUUUUGGUCUGCAAGAUGCCACCAUAGAAGGCAAACCUUUGUGGCCUAUGGUUUACUAUUGUCUGAGAUGUGGCGAUUUGCAGUCUGCCUUAAAGUGUAUGCAAAUGGGAGGUGCUGGCCAUGAAGAUUUCAUGCAAGUGCUGGAAGAUAAAGUGAACAAACCGGAACAGAAAAUCAAUUCAAAACUAGAGGGGCAACUUAAAUUGCACUACUGCAAUAAAAUCAAGAACUCUACAGAUCCCUACAAGAAAGCGGUGUAUUGUAUAAUUGCCGGCUGUGAUCCCCAUGAACAACAUUUGGAAGUGGCCAAAACAACUGAUGAUUUCCUAUGGAUUCAAUUGUCUAUAUUACGCACCGAUGUCACCGAAAAUUCGGAAGCUUUGACAUAUUCCGGUCUGCAAACCAUGAUAUUGGAGAAAUAUGGCGAGAAGCAUUUCAAUGCUGGGGAACAACAACAUUUGUAUUUCCAAGUUUUAGCUUUGACAGGUCAAUUUGAGGCAGCAAUUGAAUUUCUUUCAAGAACUGAGAAAUACCGAGUGCAUUCUGUUCACAUUGCUUUGGCUCUCAAUGAAAUGUUCCUUAUAGCAGGGCCGCGUAAUGUACAAGAACCUCUAUUAUCCGUGGAUAUAGAGGAUCCCAUACCCAUGCGUAGAUUGAAUAUUGCCCGCUUGGUUAUGUUGUAUGUGAAAAAGUUUGAAAUCACCGACCCGGCUGAAGCCUUACAGUACUUCUUUUUCUUGCGUAAUCUCAAAGACCCCGAAGGACGCAAUCUGUUUUUGGUUUGUGUCAGUGAUUUGGCUAUAGAAUGCAGGGAUUAUGAUUUGAUAUUUGGUAAAAUGAUGCCCACAGGUGUACCAGCAGGCGGUCUAUUCCAACAAUUCGAUUGUGUAGAGUUUGAUACUCGUGUUGCAGCUGGCAUGGUAGCAGAAGAGUUGGUGCGAAAGGGCAUGUUUGAGGAUGCCAUUAAAUUGUUUGACAUUGCCAAUAUGCAAUCCCAAUCCUUGCGCUAUUUAUCCCUUAUGCUAUCGCAAGUGGUUCAUCAAAGCUCUAAAAAGGGUUCAUUGCGCGAACGUCUUUCCGUAUUGGCCAGUGAUUUUAGUGAGCGAUUACGUGGUAGUCGCAUUGAGUGCGAACCUCAAGUUAUUGCCACCUUCAAUUUGUUAACAGAACUGGUGGCUUUCUUCGAUUAUUAUCAUGAACGCAAAUAUCAAAUUGCCCUCGAAGUUUUGGCCAAUACCAAGCUGGUGCCAAUGUCCAUGAACGAUUUGGAAGAAUGCAUUAGUAAUUUCAAACGUUUGGGUGGCGAAAUUUGUAAAGUUUAUCCCGACAUACUUUUGGCGGCAAUGGAUAUAUUAUUUUCUCAGUAUAAGGCCAUAAAGGGAAAGGAUACAGUGAUGUUAGACACUGGGCGGGAUAGUCAAUUGCAACACUUGCGACAGAAGGCCAAAGCCCUUACGAACAUGGCGGCAACUGUUCCCUAUCGCAUGCCAGGCGAUACAAACAAAAGACUGGUGCAAACAGAAAUUUUAAUGCAUUAGUUUUAAGAUUGUGUUUUAUAAGAAAGUUUUCCAAUAAAUUUGUGUUACAAAGAAACAACCUAAAGUAUGGAAUCAAAGCCAUA